AUGACAAGAAGUGAACGUUUUCGUUGCGUGCGAUGGCGACUUGGUUGGUUACCUCUUGUUUUUCUUGUUUACAUAUGCAUAACCGCCUUCAGAUACCCCAAAUCUAUUGAAGAUCCACUCUCUUAUCUCUUGAAUCUAUCACCAUCAACAUUCCAUACUAAGAAAGUGAAAAAAUUAAUUGAUGCCUGGCUCAUACACUGGCCUUCUAUAUGUGCAAUUCUGCUUGAGAUGAACUAUCUAGCUUCACUCCCAAAUCCCUGAACCCUCUGACCAUCAUCUUCUUUCAAUACAAUAACGAUUUUCUGAUAGUAAAUUAUCAUCACUUAUACAUAUA